CUUCAGGCGGAAAAGCUCUAUGAGCUAGCCCUUCUCUUCUAAGUCCUGGAACCUUGCUAUGGCGCUAGUGAGUUUCGUUCACCAAGUUUCGGUAAAGAAAGUCUAAUACGUAUUCUUUGGUUUCGGCUGUACGUUUGUAAAUUAAAAAUUUUAUGUUAGCUGUGAUAGCUAAUUGUACGGAAGCAUGUCAAUUUUUUAUGUUCCACCUUCGAAAGUGAAACAUACGCCAUCUCCUGUGCAAAUUCAGAAAAUGCUUGACGAAAACACUCUGAUUAUGAGAGCCAUCACAGAUUAUCAGAAUAGAGGCAAAGCUCGUGAAUGCCAUCAGUACCUACAACUUCUUCACAGAAAUUUAAUCUUCUUAGCUUCUGUUGCUGAUGCAGUUCCUGGCACACUUCCUCCUCCUCCUCCUCAGUUACGAAUAUCUUCAAAUGUAGACCAAAAUAUUUUGUCAAACCCAUCCUCAUCUCAAAACCAACCAGGAGAUCUGUAUUCAUCUCAGAAUCAACCAGUAGAUCCACCUUCAUCUCAUAUCCAACCAGUAGUCCCAUCUUCAUCUCAGAACCAACCAACAGAGCCAUCUUCAUCUCAAAAUCAACCUGGGAGUGGAAAUGAGAGUAAUGGAUUUUAUUUGUAAAAAAAAAUUCAGAUAAAAAUAUGGUUUUUAUUUUUAAUAAUUUUCAUAAAUGUAAUAUUGUUGAAUUUCUAAUUUAGAAAAUAAGCAUUUGAAUUUUGAUUCCAGGUUAUUAGAAGGUGAUAAAGCUCUUAACAAUUUUUUUUCUUGUAUUUAUUACGCAAAAUAAAUUUUAUGUGGAAUUUAUUCAAUUGAUUAUCAAUAAAUUUUAAAUAAUUAAGGAUUAAAAUAUUAAAAUUGGUGAAUAACUUUUAACAUACAGCAAUAUUAGUGCUUCAGUUGUGUUCAUUGAAGGACAUACUAUGUAAAUGAAAUUUAAUAACUAAUUUAAAGUGAAAAAACCAUUGUAAACCAUAAUUCUUUAUAUGAAAUUUGUAUAAUACUCUAAAUUAAAACAUUUUCAUGAUACA